UUCUGGAUCCCCCCAAGAAUGAGCUCAGCUCCUAAUUGCAGCUGAGGACGGAGGAUCACCCCAGCCCUGGGCUGGGCUCAGCACCACCUUUGUUCUGAGCAAACAAUGGACCACUGAUCCUGGGGUGGGCCCGGGGUACCAUCCGCUGGCCAGCCUGAGCCCCAGGCCCUGGGCGGCCGGGAGGGAGGCAAACUACAUGGUGGGGCUCUGGGCGCACACAUCAAGGACCAGGGGCCCUGCCUCCUGCCAGCCUGGCUAUAAAGGUGACCCAGGGUCCUGGCCGCACAGACCCUGUGCCUGACCACGGACACCAUGGCCACCACCAGCAUCCGCCAGUUCUCCACCUCUGGCUCCAUCCAGGGCCUGUGUGCACCCGGCGGGGGCUUUUCCCGGGUGCCCUCUGUCCGUGUUGGGGGUGCCCGUAUGGCUCCCAGCCUCCUGGGGGCUGGUGGCGGUGGCAGCAUGUUAGUCACCUCCUCCCGCUUCUCGGCCGGCUUGGGGGGCGGCUAUGCCUUCAGCCUGGGUGGGGGGUACGGCUCUGGCUUUGGGGUGUCGGAUGCGCUGCUGGGCGGCGGCGAGAAGGAGACCAUGCAGAACCUCAGCGACCGCCUGGCCUCCUACCUGGACAAGGUGCACGCGCUGGAGGAGGCCAACGGCGACCUGGAGCUCAAGAUCCGAGACUGGUACCAGAAGCAGGGCCUCGGCCCGGCCCGAGACUACAGCCCCUACUUCAAGACCAUCGAGGACCCGCGGAGCAAGAUCCUGGCGGCCACCAUGGACAACGCCGGCUUCGUGCUGCAGAUCGACAACGCGCGCCUGGCGGCCGAUGACUUCCGCACCAAGUACGAGCACGAGCAGAGCCUGCGCCUGAGCGUGGAGGCCGACACCAACGGGCUGCGCAGGGUGCUGGACGAGCUGACCCUGGCCAGGGCCGACCUGGAGAUGCAGAUCGAGAGCCUGCAGGAGGAGCUGGCCUUCCUGAGGAAGAACCACGAGGAGGAAAUGAACGCCCUGCGUGGCCAGGCUGGAGGGGAUGUCAGUGUGGAGAUGGACGGCCCCGGCGUGGACCUGAGCCGCAUCCUGAACGAGAUGCGCGACCAGUACGAGAAGAUGGCGGAGCAGAACCGCAAGGAUGCGGAGGAGUGGUUCUUCAGCAAGACCGAGGAGCUGAACCGCGAGGUGGCCGCCAACACCGAGGCCCUGCAGAGCAGCAGGACCGAGAUCACGGGGCUGCGCCGCUCCGUGCAGAACCUGGAGAUCGAGCUGCAGUCCCAGCUCAGCGUGAAAGCAUCCCUGGAGAACAGCCUGGCGGAGACCGAGGCCCGCUAUGGGGCCCAGCUGGCCCAGCUGCAGGGGCUCAUCAGCAGUGUCGAGGCCCAGCUGGCCCAGGUGCGCUGCGACAUGGAGCGGCAGAACCAGGAGUACCAGGUGCUGCUGGACGUGAAGACGCAGCUGGAGCAGGAGAUCGCCACCUACCGCCGCCUGCUGGAGGGCGAGGAUGCCCACCUGGCUUCUCAGUACUCCUCGUCGAUGGCUUUGCAGUCCAGCCGGGAAGCCUCGGUGACCAGCCGCCAGGUGCGCACCAUCAUGGAGGAGGUGCGGGACGGCAAGGUGGUGUCCUCCCGCGAGCAGGUGCACCGCUCCACCCAUUGAGGCCUCCCGUGUGGCCCGGGCUGCGGGCACGGCACUGCCAAGCCCAGGGUGCCCCCCGGGCAGCGCCCAGAGCUGUUGCUUUUCUAUACCGGCUGCCUACGGCCCCUCAGCAAGGGCCUCCUCGACCGCCCUGGGCACCACUAUUAAAGCUUUGCCGAGUUGUAUCCCUGAA